AAGUCACUAUAAAAGUGAAAGGAGGAGUGAAACUUUACGUGCAGAUCGAGUAGCGCUCACGAAUGACAUGGCCUUUACGGUGGCAUUCGCUCUUUUACUCCUGCCAUUCUCUGCAGUUGAAGGCACAUUUGGAGUGCAAAUUUUUGGACCACACUUUUCUCCAUUUGGAAUAUCUCAAAGUAAUGGCUGGAUAGGAUUGAAAAGUUUCCCAUCUCAUAGUGAAUCUUCUGAAACGUUGAAUUCUGAGUAUAGCCAUGCCUUAUACCCUAUAGGUAAACAUCAAUACUUAAGAAUACCUGUAAAAGGUGGCCUUAAAGUUGUACCAGCUCCAAAGAAUUUAGAUUUGUUCAAAGGAACUCAUGAUUAUUUGAAACAUGUUCCCUUAGUGAAAAAGCCACCUCUGACAUCUUUCGGAGGUUAUCAUUUUCAAGAUUCUUCGUAUCUUGCGAAAAAUUCUGAGAGACCAUUAAUAUCAGUACCUGGAACAGGAAAUUCUAUUAUAUUAAUCCAUGGGCAUCCUCUUAACCACCAUGCUCAGUUACACACUGCAAGCUAUUUAGAUGACAUUUCUCUAUCUGGAAUUCAUAGUUACAAACCUAUAAAAACUGUUAAAAGUAUUCUUGAAAGUUAUCCCCAUUCCAAAUCUCACCCUGUUUUAAAAUUAAAAGACAAAUAUGGAAGUUCAUUAAUUUCGUCCGAUCAUAAAGGUCACAGCUAUCCUUCCCUUGUUUACAAAACACCUCAUGUCGAGGAUUCUGGUAGUAAGCACGAAUUACCACAUAGCCAGCAUCAUAGUAUUGGAGAUAGUUUACUGUAUAAGCAUAAAUCUGAUGUUGCUCAUAGUUUAAUUCCCAGUCAUCAUUCUGGCGUCGGACAUGAAUUAACCCAUGUUCAUCACUCUGAUAUAGAACAUGAUUCAUUACAUGAUCAUCAUUCUGAUACUGAAGAAUUUUUACACGAUCACCAUUCUGAUAUUGAACAUGAUUUAUCACACGAACACCAUUCUGAUAUUGAACAUGAUUUAUCACACGAACACCAGUCUGAAAUUACACAUGACGUGCACGAUCAUCAUUCUGACAUUAGACAUAGUUUAUCGCAUGGACACCAUUCUGAUAUUGCACAUGAUGUACAUGAUCAUCAUUCUGAUAUUGCACAUGAAGUGCAUGAUCACCAUUCUGAUAUUGCGCAUGAUGUACAUGAUCAUCAUUCUGAUGUUACACAUCAUGUGCAUGGUCAUCAUUCUAAUAUUGCACAUGAUGUGCAUGAUCAUCAUUCUAUUGCACAUGAUGUGCAUGACCAUCAUUCUGAUAUUGCACAUGAUAUACAUGACCAUCAUGCUGAUAUUGAACAUGAUGUACACGAUCACCAUUCUGAUACUGGACAUGAUUUAUCACACGAACACCAUUCUGAUAUUGGACAUGAUUUAUCACACGAACACCAUUCUGAUAUUGCGCAUGAUGUGCAAGAUCGCCAUUCUGAUAUAGAGCAUGAUGUGCACGAUCGCCAUUCUGAUAUAGAGCAUGAUUUAUCACAUAACUAUCAUUCUGAUAUUGAACAUAGUCACCAUUCUUUUCAUGACUCAGAUCAUUCAAAUAUACAUGAUGAUGAUGAAGAUGACGAAGAGGAGGAUGUUGAAGAACAUGGCUUAGAUAUUGAUGAAGAACAUGAUGUAAGUUCUCAUGCUGAAGAAGAACACAAUACUUAUGCAAAGAAAAUACGUGAUUACAAAUUACUGAGACUCGCAAAGAAAAUUCUUAAACCAAUUGCCAAAACUGAAGAGAAAAUAGAAGAAAAACCAACCGAGGAAGAAACUGAUAAAAAUUCUAAGAAAAAAUUUCCUCCAUCAAAAUAUUUUAAAAAUUAUCACAAAAUCGUAAAGCAAGAAAAAAUCGAAGACAUAGAAGAAAAAGUAAUGGAAAGCAUGAAAGAAAAAAUAAUGGAAAAAAUGAAAGAAGAGAUUAUGAAAAACAUGAAAGAAGAAAUGGUAGAAAACCUGAGCAAAAAAAUGAUGGAAAAAAUGAAAGAAGAAAUGAUUGGAGGCAUAGGAGAAAAGUUAGAGGAAAUUGACGAAGAAACGGAAGAGAUGGAUGAAAAAAUAGAAGAAAUUAAUGAUAAUUUAGAUCACGUACCUAUUCCACGUAGGCCAAAUAUUAAAUUUGCAAAUCCAAGUUACAUUCCAAGAGAGACAGAAACCGGUAAAUAUCAUAAACGAGAAGACACAUAUAAAAUAUUUCAUAAAAUCCACCAUAAAAGUCCAAUAAUCGAGAGAGAAGAUAUCCGGAAAUUAUACGACAAGUACCAUGUGCAUCGUCAGACUAAUCUUGAAGAAUCUCAUCCUAGUCAUCCAUACAUUCCAAAAAUCCUUUCUCAUGAGGUUGUAAAAUAUUCUGGUGGAAGGCAUCCAGUUCGUCCAGUUCAUAAAUAUGUUGAGCAGACAUAUUAUACAACCGAACAGCCACAGAAAGCCGAAGAUGUUGAAAAAGAACAUAAGUAUUUUCAUGAAAUUCCUGUAAAAGUUGAGCAACAAGAACAAUUACAAGAGGAAGAUUACAAACCAAAAUUUCCAAUUAAAACUAAAUCAGAUUCUUUUGGCAAUACUCAGAGUCAUUCGUACCGUGAGUCUCAAAGAUCCAAGCAUGUUCGUUACGAAUAUAAACCUAAAAUAUCUCUUCCACGAGGUAGAUCAAAAAUAUAUCGAAACUACGAGCAGCCCCGCACUAGCAGCUACGCAGUUGAAAUUCAGCAUUCAAGAAGACAUGGAAAUGCUAAAAAAGAUGCAACUGAAAAUUAUCGUCUAACUCCUAAAAAAACAGAAGUAGAUCGACAUGAAAGACAACAAAAGGAAAACGACGAGGAAGAUUUUGAUUAUCUGGAAAGCCAAUUAUCCUUCACCGAAGAGAGUUUAGCUGGAAAAAAAUUUGGCGAUAAACUGAGAAAAGAAUAAGAGACCAGAGGUAAAUGGCACCAUUGCUUGAAAUGAAAUGUGUGUAGAUUCUCGUCAUCCUACGGAUAAUGAUCCGAUGGAAUAAUCUUCAACUCAUCAGUACAAAUACUUUUAGUCCGAACACUAUCUUCACGCAUAUGUUGGGGUGUGUAAAUAUAAAAAGUAGUAGAGUCAAAAGAAAUUCAAUCUUGAUUCCUGAAACUGUUAUUAUAUUAAAAGUGUGCAUGAAUUGUAAGUCUUUUAUGAUAUGAAGGAAACAAGCACAAUCUUGUAUAUAUAUCUACUACUUAUCAGUUUGCAUUUUACUACAGUCAAAAAGUAUGAUUAAAAAAACGACUCCAUUAUAAAUUUAAUAUAGUUAUAUACUUUGCACCUUUUUUAAUUAAAAAAAAGCAAAAGUAAAAAAUUAAGAAGAAAUACUUGAAAUAAAUCAAUUAAUUCAAAGCAUCAUUAUUUCAACCACAAUUUUUAAUUCUAUCAUUGACGAUGUGAAAAGAUUUCGAAUUAUUCAUAAAUAUUGUAUAAGAGACUUAAAAUUGCAAAUAACAUGCAUAAGCAGCACAAUCUUAUGACUAAUGUUUAAUUUGAAUUUGUGUUGAAUUUCAUUAUUCACAUAGCCCUACCUAUUUUAAUACGUUUUAUCUAUUUUUUAAAAUAGAAAUGAAUCCAAUAUCUAUUUAAAAUUCGCUGCUCUCCUUUUACUUAUUCGCUUUAUUAAAGAUCGCAAAAAAAAAUGAAAGCUAAUUUGAAUGGUUAUACAAUGAGUGCUAAUUUUUAAAAGUAUUUUUCAAUUUUGAACUUUAUAUGCCUUUGAAGUAACAUGAUUUUUAUUUUAUAUAUUGAAAUAUUUUCUUAUUAACCUUGAUUUUUUAGCGACGAAUUAAAUAUUUUUUAUCCUUAUUGGGUAUUAAGAUGCAGUACUGUAUGUUUUUUUCUGACUGAUCUCAAUACAUUUUUUUAAAGAUCAGAUUUUGUCUCGUCAGUAAAAGUUAUUGUUUCUUCAGAAAUCGAUGGAUUUUAAGGAAUUUGCAAAGAUAAUAUAUAAAUAUUACAAAAGAUUUGAUAAUUGGUGGUUAUUUUGUGUAUCAUAAUGAAGAGAAAAUGAUGCACUAUAGAGAGGGGAAAGGAGAAUAUGAGGUUUAUUUGAGGUGAUAAUGUUUGAGUACUUUGCAAAAGAAUUGAUAAACAAUUGGAGGGCAGUGCAAUAUAGUUGAUUCUAAUUUUUCUUCAUCGUGAUGAAGAAAAAUGAUGUCCAAAAGAAAAAGGAAAGGUACACAUAUUUUUACCUAUCAAAACAAUAGUUCAAAUUAAGUUUCGCACUUAUUCUUGUAGAGUCGCAAAUAUUGAAUUUAUCCUCGCUUUUUUUCUACAAUGUAUGUAUAUAACGAUUUUUUUCUUUAUGUAUACUGUUUUUAUGGGAAAAAAGUUCUAAGCAAGUAUUGGUGUAGUUUUCAGUCAUUUCUUUUGUAUAUAAUUUCUGUA